AGAGGAACUUGGGUCUUCUGCGCAGCUGCACAGCAGUGAGAGUGGCGGAGAGGAGAGACAGCCGAGCCAACAACUUCCAUACUCUCAUUUGUUGCUCUCAUUAAACGAUUCUGCGAAUUCGGUUAUUGAUCCCCGCUUCGCUCUCUAGUGGUUAUUAUAUGACUAUUCAACGGUGAAAUUGUGAGCUGGAGCGGCAGCUUGUGGAUACCGUGGUGGCACACUUGUGUAUUUGUGUGUGUCUGUGGUGAGCGCGUGUGAGUCAGUGUGUGCGUGUGUGAUUUUAUGUCCUCCCGCGCUUCAGCUGCGAACACAGAGCGAAGUUGUCGGGGGUGGUCUCGGCUCAUACAGUCAUUGGUCUCCGCAGAGGAUCACAGUUGCGCUUUUCUUGAAGAGCUCGAGCUCUAGCAGGGAUAAAGACCCGGGAGGCGCGACCUGAGCUCGAGAAUGUCCUUGUAUGACUAGAGCCAAGUCUUUACCCGUGUUUGGAGCACGGAAUUACCCCGGUUUUGAACUUGUUGCUGGUUCGUUUCCACCCUCUUGCCAAGGGGAGACUAUUCUGGAUACUUUUGUGUGCAGUGAGGAUUAUUUUAUAUUAGAAAGAGAACGGAAAGCUUUUUUUCAAACCAGUCGCUUUUACGCAGAGAUGUCCUCUCGCCGCGCUGUGGUUCUGUGAUCGCCCACCGGAGCGUCGAGAGCUCUUCACCCGGACCGGGUCGCACACAGUGGGUCACCAUGGCAGCGGGAGUGGCGGCGUGGUUACCCUUCGCCCGGGCGGCUGCUAUAGGAUGGAUGCCGGUAGCCAGUGCGCCCAUGCCGACGCCCCCGCCGGACAACCGGCGAAAACAGGAAGGCCUCAUCUUGCUCAAUGUCAGCGGUCAGAAGUUCCAGACGUGGCGGAAUACUUUGGAGAGGUACCCGGACACUUUACUGGGCAGCACGGAGCGGGAAUUCUUCUUCCACGAGGAGACAAACGAAUACUUUUUCGACCGUGACCCUGAUAUUUUCAGACACAUUCUGAACUUCUACCGUACCGGGAAGCUGCACUACCCGCGCCAGGAGUGCAUCUCGGCCUACGAUGAGGAGCUGGCCUUCUUUGGAAUCAUACCGGAGAUCAUAGGGGACUGCUGCUAUGAAGAGUACAAGGACCGGCGGCGGGAAAACCAGGAGAGAAUCCAGGAUGACGAAGACAGCGAGAACCAGAACGAUAUGGUCCCGCCGGAUAUGACAUUCAGAGAAACCAUGUGGCGGGCAUUCGAGAACCCCCACACGAGCACCAUGGCCCUGGUGUUUUAUUACGUCACCGGCUUCUUCAUUGCGGUUUCCGUGAUGGCCAACGUGGUGGAGACAGUCCCGUGCGGGACUUUGCCAAACCGGGUCAAACAGGUGUCGUGCGGGGAACGGUACGCCUUGGCAUUUUUCUGUCUGGAUACGGCCUGCGUCAUGAUCUUCACCGUGGAGUACCUGCUGCGUCUAAUGGCGGCGCCCAGCCGCUGGAACUUCAUCAAGAGCGUGAUGAGCGUCAUCGACGUGGUGGCCAUCAUGCCCUACUACAUCGGCUUAGUCAUGACGGACAACGAAGAUGUCAGCGGGGCCUUCGUCACCCUGAGGGUCUUCCGAGUUUUCAGGAUUUUCAAAUUCUCCCGCCACUCUGCGGGGCUGCGCAUCCUGGGCUACACGCUGAAGAGCUGCGCUUCGGAGCUGGGCUUCCUGCUCUUCUCCCUCACCAUGGCCAUCAUCAUCUUCGCCACCGUCAUGUUCUACGCCGAGAAGGGCUCCUCAGCCAGCAAGUUCACCAGCAUCCCAGCAGCCUUCUGGUACACCAUCGUCACCAUGACAACUCUGGGAUAUGGAGACAUGGUUCCUAAGACCAUUGUGGGGAAGAUCGUUGGUUCUGUCUGUUCUCUGAGCGGUGUGUUGGUCAUCGCCCUGCCUGUGCCCGUCAUCGUGUCCAACUUCAGCCGCAUUUACCACCAGAGCCAGCGGGCAGACAAGAGACGCGCCCAAAAGAAAACCAAGCUUGCUAGAAUUGCCGCGAGGAAGAGUGGAGGGACUAACACUUAUUUGCUGUAUAAACGCAACGAGCUGCUGAGUGACCUCAUCGACGAGGCGUCAAAGGCAGCAGGCCAGGCGCUGGUGUGCAAGGCCAACCCCAUGUUCGAUACACACCACAAUCACCUAUUGCACUGCCUGGAGAAGACCACGAAUCAUGAGUUUGUGGAUGAGCAAACGUUUGAGACCAGCCUGCUGGAGGUUUCCAUGGGGAAGCACCCACCUUGCUCCCCCUCCCUCUCCUCUGGCUCCUCCUCCCAAGGCCUGUCGUGCUGCUCGCGACGCAACAAGAGGAAGAGCUUCAACGUGCCCAACUCCAACAUGACUGGAGGGCAUAGGAACAGCAUCCAGGAGCUUAGCACCAUCCACAUCAGAGAGAGACCCAUCACUAACAGUCGCUCCAGUCUGAAUGCUAAGUUCGAAGAGACGGUGCCUCUGAACUGCAAGCAGCCCUACAUCACGGCGGCCGUCAUCACACUGCCCACGCCGCCCAACACCACGCCCGAGGACGACGGCUCCGCCUCCUCCCCAGACUACUCCCAGGCCAACAUCGUCAGGGUGUCUGCUCUCUAGGCCCCUCGCCCCCACCACCACCACCACCAUCACCAUGGCAACCCUAAGACGGAGAGAGUGAGAGAGAGAGAGAUAGAGAAGAGAGACCCUUCCCUGCUCCAAUCAGAGAACGGUGUUUGCAGGGGGGGAAAGGGGUAAGGGGGAGGUGUAGUAGUUGGGGGUACAGUU